UUUUUAAGUUAGGAAGAGGGUAAAAAGACAGGCUGGCGGGGGGAAGGCAAAGAGUGCAUCCCCAAAUCCUCACACUUUUGCUCUCUUGCAGUCAGUUGCUUUGCUGGCUUCUGCAGGCUUUUAAGGUCUCGCGGCGUAGAAAUGCCUGGCCCCCACCCCCUUCCUCGGUCUCCCCUUUCAAUUCAGAUGUGCUGAUGUGCAGACGGGAUUCAUCUUCUCGGAGCUGCGGCGGCGGCUUUGGGCUCAGGCGGCGGCGGCUCGCGCUCGGCCGCGGAGUCCUGGCAGCAGCGGGGACGCGGCGCGGGAGUCCGAGCUCUGGUGGCAGCUGAGCCCGCGGGGCGCCGCUCGCCGAGCCGCGGCCGCGGGAAGUUCGGCAGCCAGAAGGACGACCUGGCAGGCUGCGAGCGCCAGCGCCGCCAGAGCCGAGUUUGCCUGCGCCCUUCCCGCCUCCGAGUGCAGAGUUCCUUACCUGCCCUCCGCCCACCCGCGGGCCCCUAGCCAACUUCUCCCUGCGACUGUGGGUAACAGGCAGUGCUUGCCCUCUCUACUGUCCCGGCGGCACCCACAUGUCUCUGGACACCUGAGCACCCCAGUCCCGCCGAGGAGCCUCCGGGUGGGGAGAAGAGCACCGGUGUCCCUAGCCCCGCACAUCAGCGCGGACUGCGGCUGCCUAACCUCUAGGUCCCGUCCCCUCCUUUUCCUCCGGGGGAGGAGGAUGGGGUUGGGAACGCUUUCCCCGAGGAUGCUCGUGUGGCUGGUGGUCUCGGGGAUUGUUUUCUACGGGGAGCUAUGGGUCUGCGCUGGCCUCGAUUAUGAUUACACUUUUGAUGGGAACGAAGAGGAUAAAACAGACACUAUAGAUUACAAGGACCCGUGUAAAGCCGCUGUAUUUUGGGGCGAUAUUGCCUUAGAUGAUGAAGACUUAAAUAUCUUUCAAAUAGAUAGGACAAUUGACCUUACGCAGAACCCCUUUGGAAACCUUGGACAUACCACAGGUGGACUUGGAGACCAUGCUAUGUCAAAGAAGCGAGGGGCCCUCUACCAACUUAUAGACAGGAUAAGAAGAAUUGGCUUUGGCUUGGAGCAAAACAACACAGUUAAGGGAAAAGUACCUCUACAAUUCUCAGGGCAAAAUGAGAAAAAUCGAGUUCCCAGAGCUGCUACAUCAAGAACAGAAAGAAUAUGGCCUGGAGGCGUUAUUCCUUACGUUAUAGGAGGCAACUUCACUGGUAGCCAGAGAGCCAUGUUCAAGCAGGCCAUGAGGCACUGGGAAAAGCACACAUGUGUGACUUUCAUAGAAAGAAGUGAUGAAGAGAGUUACAUUGUAUUCACCUAUAGGCCUUGUGGAUGCUGCUCCUAUGUAGGUCGGCGAGGAAAUGGACCUCAAGCAAUCUCUAUCGGCAAGAACUGUGAUAAAUUUGGGAUUGUUGUUCAUGAAUUGGGCCAUGUGAUAGGCUUUUGGCAUGAACACACACGACCAGAUCGAGAUAACCAUGUAACUAUCAUAAGAGAAAACAUCCAGCCAGGUCAAGAGUACAAUUUUCUGAAGAUGGAGCCUGGAGAAGUAAACUCACUUGGAGAAAGAUAUGAUUUUGACAGUAUCAUGCACUAUGCCAGGAACACCUUCUCAAGGGGGAUGUUUCUGGAUACCAUUCUCCCCUCCCGUGAUGAUAAUGGCAUACGUCCCGCAAUUGGUCAGCGAACCCGUCUAAGCAAAGGAGAUAUCGCACAGGCAAGAAAGCUGUAUAGAUGUCCAGCAUGUGGAGAAACCCUACAAGAAUCCAAUGGCAACCUUUCCUCUCCAGGAUUUCCCAAUGGCUACCCUUCUUACACACACUGCAUCUGGAGAGUUUCUGUGACCCCAGGGGAGAAGAUUGUUUUAAAUUUUACAACGAUGGAUCUAUACAAGAGUAGUUUGUGCUGGUAUGACUAUAUUGAAGUAAGAGACGGGUACUGGAGAAAAUCACCUCUCCUCGGUAGAUUCUGUGGGGACAAAGUGCCUGAAGUUCUUACUUCUACAGACAGCAGAAUGUGGAUUGAGUUUCGUAGCAGCAGUAAUUGGGUAGGAAAAGGCUUUGCAGCUGUCUAUGAAGCGAUCUGUGGAGGUGAGAUACGUAAAAAUGAAGGACAGAUUCAGUCUCCUAAUUAUCCUGAUGAUUAUCGCCCGAUGAAAGAAUGUGUGUGGAAAAUAACAGUGUCUGAGAGCUACCACGUCGGACUGACCUUUCAGUCCUUUGAGAUUGAAAGACAUGACAACUGUGCUUAUGACUACCUGGAAGUUAGAGAUGGAACCAGUGAAAAUAGCCCUUUGAUAGGGCGUUUCUGUGGUUAUGACAAACCUGAAGAUAUAAGAUCUACCUCCAAUACUUUGUGGAUGAAGUUUGUUUCUGAUGGAACUGUGAACAAAGCAGGGUUUGCUGCUAACUUUUUCAAAGAGGAAGACGAGUGUGCCAAACCUGACCGUGGAGGCUGUGAGCAGCGAUGUCUGAACACCCUGGGCAGUUACCAGUGCGCCUGUGAGCCUGGCUAUGAGCUGGGCCCAGACAGGAGGAGCUGUGAAGCUGCUUGUGGUGGACUUCUUACCAAACUUAACGGCACCAUAACCACCCCCGGCUGGCCCAGGGAGUACCCUCCUAAUAAGAACUGUGUGUGGCAAGUGGUUGCACCAACCCAGUACAGAAUUUCUGUGAAGUUUGAGGUUUUUGAAUUGGAAGGCAAUGAAGUUUGCAAAUAUGAUUAUGUGGAGAUCUGGAGUGGUCUUUCCUCUGAGUCUAAAUUGCAUGGCAAAUUCUGUGGCGCUGAAGUGCCUGAAGUUAUCACAUCCCAGUUCAACAAUAUGAGAAUUGAAUUCAAAUCUGACAAUACUGUAUCCAAGAAGGGCUUCAAAGCACAUUUUUUCUCAGACAAAGACGAAUGCUCUAAGGAUAAUGGUGGAUGUCAGCAUGAAUGUGUCAACACAAUGGGGAGCUACAUGUGUCAAUGCCGUAAUGGAUUUGUGCUGCAUGAAAAUAAACAUGAUUGCAAGGAAGCUGAGUGUGAACAGAAGAUCCACAGUCCAAGUGGCCUCAUCACCAGUCCCAACUGGCCAGACAAGUACCCAAGUCGGAAAGAAUGCACUUGGGAAAUCAGCGCCACUCCCGGCCACCGAAUCAAAUUAGCCUUCAGUGAAUUUGAGAUUGAGCAGCAUCAAGAAUGUGCUUAUGACCACUUAGAAGUAUUUGAUGGAGAAACAGAAAAGUCACCAAUUCUUGGACGACUAUGUGGCAACAAGAUACCAGAUCCCCUUGUGGCUACUGGAAAUAAAAUGUUUGUUCGGUUUGUUUCUGAUGCAUCUGUUCAAAGAAAAGGCUUUCAAGCCACACAUUCUACAGAGUGUGGCGGACGAUUGAAAGCAGAAUCAAAACCCAGAGAUCUGUACUCACAUGCUCAGUUUGGUGAUAACAACUACCCGGGACAGGUUGACUGUGAAUGGCUGUUAGUAUCAGAACGGGGCUCUCGACUUGAAUUGUCCUUCCAGACGUUUGAAGUGGAAGAAGAGGCAGACUGUGGCUAUGACUAUGUGGAGCUCUUUGAUGGUCUCGAUUCAACAGCUGUGGGGCUUGGUCGAUUCUGUGGAUCUGGGCCACCAGAAGAGAUUUAUUCAAUUGGAGAUGCAGUUUUAAUUCAUUUCCACACCGAUGACACAAUCAACAAGAAGGGAUUUCAUAUAAGAUACAAAAGCAUAAGAUAUCCAGACACCACACAUACCAAAAAAUAACACCAAAACCUCUGUCAGAACACAAAGGAAUGUGCAUAAUGGAGAGAAGACAUAUUUUUUUUAAAACUGAAGAUAUUGGCACAAAUGUUUUAUACAAACAGUUUGAACAAAAACUCCCUGUAAGACCAGAAUUAUCUUUGUACUAAAAGAGAAGUUUCCAGCAAAACCCUCAUCAGCAUUACAAGGAUAUUUGAACUCCAUGCUUGAUGGUAUUAAUAAAGCUGGUGAAAGGGCAUCAUAUACUUCAAGGAAGACUCUACAAGCUUUUGUUCACAGCUUGAAAUAGAUGCCUCACAAUUCAGACAGUUUAAUUCAGGAACUGUGACCCUGCAGUGUUCUUUUUGACAAUUUGUCAAGAUUUAGGGACAUAAAAUGAUCUUGCAGGUCGUAAACUGGAAAACAAUAUUCUGGUUGUCUUAGGAUAAUUGCUGACUCUGUAUCUUGGAUACAGUGUAAACCAGAUCCACAUAAGGUGAAUGUGAAGUGGAAGUCUUUUGAGGGUGAUUUGUACUUUCCAUGUGUAUGUGUGUGUCUGGUGUUUGGAAACUGGGAUAUUUCUGCUUCAUUAUUUCCACUUGCAGGCCAGCUUAACCUCUGAAACACAAAUGAUCUUGAGACCACUUUAGUGUACUUACAUUUUGAUGAGUUUGAAAUGUCAAUGGUGUCUAUUAUUGCAGUUAAAUUCUAGACAUCAGUUCUUUAAGUCUCAGAAAAUGCCCAGUGAAUUGGUAAACUUAGUUCUUUUUUUUUUUGGAAGUGCUGCCUUUUCACAACAAAUCCAAGAAGCCUGUGAUGUCUUAUGAACCUUAUGAGAAAACUCCGAAGAGGUGUGAGCAGGAUUCUUCUGAAUGACUGUCUGGAUGGUUCAUUACUCAAGUUACUGCUGCUGCUAUUGUCUUUCCUUUGUUGUCGAUCUGUUAUUGUUGUAGUUAUUAUUGUUGAUGUUGUCAUGGUUAAUCUAUUUUUUAAAAAUGAAAUGAAGCAGAAGUAGGUCUUGUGAGAACUGAAAGAUCUCUUUCAUUUUUCUCUUCCUGGGAUUCAUUCAUUUUUUUCAAAAUGCAAUGCUGGAAAAAAAGAUUUGUUUCUGAAAGACUUCUUAUGGUGCUAUUCCAUAAACUUUUUUUUUAAACAAGUUUUUGACCUUUGAGCCAACCCACCUGUAGACUACGAAUGUCUCCCUAUGGCUGGUGGCAUUUGAAGACUAAAGACUUGUCAAAGAUAUCAAGAGUAUAUCAUUGCAAGGGCAGCACUUGUCCUGUGGAACAACUACUUAUAAUGCCUUAGAAUUCUUGCACAUGAUCAAACAGAUCCUCCUAAAACACACCUGUUGAAAUGUUGAACAUAAUAGUGUAUGUUAAUUAACAGCUCUAUGAAGAAAAUCCAUUUCCAUGACUGAAGCAUUGGAUAUAAAUAUGGUGUCCUGCUUUUUUUGUAGAAAAUGUAAUUUGAGGAUGAAUUUUCUGCUUUAAAGGCAUGUGUGUUUUUAAAAUUAAUGAAUGUAGAUGUGUGAUUGUCUGAGUGAGUGAAACUGCAAGAGGUAAAAAAUAACGGGUGGUUGAAAAGUUAAAAUGUAUGUGCCAAGUUCUACUAGAAUUCCAUUUGAAAUAGCACCUUCCUUAGGUUUCAUGGACAAAUAAUGGGAACUUCUAAUUUUGAUGAAUCCCAUUAAAGAAAGGCUCUUUCCUUUAGAGAAACUCUAUUUUGAUGUCAAUAUAGAUUACUGUAUGAAGUAGCCUUGUUUCUGUUACCUGUCCAUGAGCAUACAACAUUGAAUACAAUUGGGUAUAUUCUUUCAGUUUUACAAAAUUAAACUAUACACACAGAUGUAGCUUAUCUGUUUUUUUCUUAAAUUGUUGCCCUGAAAAAAUUUCUUGCAUAUGAAUUGAAAAUGUAAAUACAUUUUUAUAACCAACGUUUUGAUCUUAUUGAAUGUUACUUUGAAAAUGUAUAACUAUUGCCUGCAAUGUAGAUGAGGCUUUUAGUAGAGCUGAUUUAUUCCAGUAACUUCUUCCAUAUUUUCUCACUAAUCUCCAGUUAGCCAAAAUAUGCCAGAAAUGGGAAAGAGAGGAGAAAAAGUCAUUAACAUUAACACCUAUACUCUUCUAUACUACCCCUGUGCUGGGAAUGUGCACUAGCUCUUUUUAAAUUCCAUGCUACACUUUGAGGACUGUCAUCAUGUUCUCGUUUUGUAGUUCAGAAAGUGAGGCUCAAAUAAUUUAUGUAACCUUCCCAGAGUCACAGUGUAAAGUUAGAUGUUGAAACCCAGUUUGUCUUAUAUAAAUGAGUGUCUGCUUGUUCUACAAAGGUAGUAGAAUCAAUCUUGACCUAUAUAAAUAGUAGAUUUUUUAUGGUGAAACUUUCCCACAUAAAGUAAAUUUUAGGGGUGAAUUAGAGUAAAACUUUCAGGAUAAGCAUUUUGUUCUUUUCAAGAACAGCAUGAAAUUUAGAAUAUCAAUGAUAGCUAUCUUUAAGAAUCAGAAUUAGUACUAGAAAUUAAAAAAAACUAUAGUUUGGAGUUAGUAUGAGACUUUUGUGAAAACAAAUAUAUUAAAUUAUUUUGUCUGAUGUGGUAGGGGAAAUGUAUUGCUCUAUAUUAAGAAAUAUUCUGGAUAUUCUGAUUGACAUCUUAUUAGACCACAGUGAGCUAUGCUCUGCACAACUGAGAAAUUAGGUAUUUAGAAGGCAUAUAGAGAUGUUGUCAUAACUAGGUCUUCAACGUGAAAAUUAAUUUUUAUUGUAUCAUGUCAGAUAUCAGUUUACCACAUAUUAUUUUUAUAUUAAUUCAACAUUUGCCUUAAAUGUGUUGUUAAAUGAAAAUACAGACAGCUUCAUUGUUGUGUUGUUAAUAAUUGUUAGUUACUGCUCCAGGCAUUUUAUUAAAUUAAUUUUUUAAAUUAUUUUCCACCCUACAUCAGUAUAUUGGUUGUGCUUUAUAUUUGCCAAAGUCCUAACUGACUAUACAUAGGAAAAAAAAACACUGUUCUCACUUGAUUUUAUUAAAUUAUUUUUAAAAGUCAAUUUUGAAAAUAACUGUAGUUUAUUAAGGAGAUCGUGACUUAAAUGGGCAAAAUAACUUUUUAAAAGAAAUGGAUGAGAAGUAAUUGUGUUUCCAAAACCCUCAAGUAUCCCAUUCCUAUAUUGGCUGGAUUUUUCCUAUCUAUGACUCAUUUUAGUAUGUCACAGUAUGAGAUUCAAAUUCUGUUUAACUUUGUUUUAAAAUAGCUUAGUCUCUUUUAUUUGGUUUGUAAUACUGCUGUAUUUUUGGUGGUAAGCUUCAAGUAUCAAAUUUUGUUCUGCCAUAUAGAAAAAUCUCUAAAAGCAUCAAAUGACUAAUUUUAUUUUUGUAAGGUUAAAAUUUAUUUUUAAAAGAAACAUAAAAUUAUAUCUUUAUGUAGGUUUAGAAGGACUACAACCCUAUGUGACAUUAUAAAUUACUUAAAACAGUUAUCAAAUAUUUGGAAACUAUUAUUUACUAAUAAGAAUUAGACUUGCCUUAUGGAAAAUUUUUGAUGCCACUUGUUAAAUCAGGCAUGGGAGGAGGAAAGCAGAAAAUAUAAUUGCCUUCUAAAGAUACAUAAUUCGAAUUGCAGUAAUGCUUUCUAUUUUACAACAACAAAUGUGUAAUAAGAACUUGUCAAAAAGAGAAAAAAGGUGGCCUGUGAAUGAAUUGAAAGUUUUUAUGCUUCAGUGCUUGGUAAUUGGUUUCCAAUGAAUAUUUAGCUUUUGGUCUCUUAUGUUAUUGUUAUAAAACUGAGAAACUUUGUCAUUAGAUUAGGAAACAAGAAGUGGAAAGGCUGGCCCUGAUAUUUUGUGAAAUAGUAUUAUUUGUCUCCAAACUUUCUUCUGACAUCUACAUUUUCACUGUCUAGUUUCCAACCUGCCUAACUUUCCCUCACUCCGGUAUAUUGAACCUGAAUCCAAGCUGGUCACGUGGCUCUAGUUCCAGCCGUGACACCCUAAUGCAAGUACCCAUGCAGGAUGAAAACAAAGGAAUUAUAGGGCUCUGAGCACAUUUCACUACAUAUAACCUCUCCUCAUCCAGUAUUCUAAGCAGCAAAUGAAUACAAUGAAUAUCAACUUCUAACUUCAAAAAACUUGUAGGUGGAAAUGUAUCUGCAUAAAAAGCAGUUGAAAAGAGAUCCAUUAAACUAUACACAGAUUGAGGCACUUAGAAGGUCCUAGUGAUCAGGGCUUACCUUUAUUUAUUGCCAGGUUGGAGGUAUAUGAGUAAAUAUUGACAUUGCUUCUGUUGUUGUAUUUCUAUAUGAACACAGGCUAACAGUUUCACCAGUCCCUCUGACCUUACUUUGUCUGUCUGUCUGUAUUGUCCUUAUAUCUGGAAAGUUACUUAUAUAACAUUUCAUUUUUGCUCAACUAUCAAAUUUUCAGAGCAUACUUGCAUCUGAAAACAAAUAUCAAUGAAGUUUACUAAACUGAUUUACACUAUUUUAAACAUGUGCUCUAUGUUUCAGUGU